AUGGAUGUCAGUUCGGUGUUGGCCAACACCUUCUCUGCAGAUGCGACGAUACGAAAUGCCGCCGAACAGCAGCUCACACAGGCCGCUGAGACCAAUUUUUCCGGAUACUUGGUAACUCUUGUCCAAGAACUUGCGAAUGAGGAGGCCCAAGGUCCAGUCCGUGCCGCUGCCGGUAUUGCGCUGAAGAACGCUUUCACAGCCCGCGAGUAUGCUCUACUACACGAUCUACAAAAAAAAUGGAUCCAGCUAGACCCCGAUACGAAGAAGCGCGUAAAGGACUUGACUCUUCAAGCUCUGGCCACACAGAACUCACAAGCUGGUCAAGCAGCAGCCCAAGUUGUUGCUUCGAUAGCCGGCAUUGAGCUCCCACAAGACCAAUGGCCGGAGCUGAUGCCCAGUUUGGUUCGGAACGUUGGAGAAGGCGGUGACCACUUGAAGCAGUCUUCUUUGACUACCAUCGGAUUUAUUUGCGAGAGCCAAGAUACCGAUCUGCGAAGCAGUCUCGUCCAGCACUCCAACGCCAUCUUGACCGCAGUUGUUCAAGGUGCGCGAAAGGAGGAGCCAAACCCGGAAGUUCGUCUCGCUGCCAUUUAUGCUCUCGGAGAUUCCCUGGAGUUUGUGGAUAGCAAUUUCAAGAACGAGGGCGAGCGCAACUACAUCAUGCAGGUUGUUUGCGAGGCCACACAGGCUCCGGAUUCCCGGAUACAGCAGGGAGCCUUUGGUUGUCUGAACAGAAUCAUGUCUUUGUACUAUGAUCUGAUGCGCUUCUACAUGGAGAAAGCCUUGUUCGGGUUGACUAUUAUGGGCAUGAAGAGCGACGAGGAGGAUGUCUCGAAGCUUGCCGUCGAAUUCUGGAGCACGGUCUGCGAGGAGGAAAUUGCUAUCGAGGAUGAUAAUGCACAGGUUGAGAGAACUGACCAGAUGCGACAUGUCUUCCACUUCUGCCAAGUCGCAACCAAUGAGGUUGUCCCAGUACUCCUGAUGCUUUUGACCAAGCAAGACGAGGACGCUGCUGACGACGAAUACAAUAUUUCUCGCGCGGCUUACCAAUGCCUCCAACUUUACGCCCAGGCUGUGGGUGGUGCUGUUAUUCAGCCAGUGCUAUCCUUUGUCGAGGCCAAUUUGCGCUCCGAGGAUUGGCAUCACCGCGAUGCUGCGGUAUCGGCCUUUGGAGCAAUCAUGGAAGGUCCUGAUGAUAAAACCAUUGAACCAAUCGUCAAGCAAGCACUUCCAGUCAUCAUAAAUAUGAUGGAUGAUAAGGUUAUUCACGUCAAGGACUCUACCGCUUAUGCUCUUGGCCGCAUCACGGAGGCCUGCUCUGAAGCCAUUGACCCAGCUAUCCACUUACCCAAGCUCAUCGCAUCUCUUUUCGAGGGUCUUAUCAGCAGCCCGAAGAUGGCAGGUUCAUGCUGUUGGGCGUUGAUGAACCUUGCCGAGCGAUUCUCCGGCGAAAUUGGCUGCCAGGAGAAUCCUCUUACCCCACAUUUCAACGAGAGCAUCACACGUCUUCUUCAAGUGACCGAACGUCCCGAUGCCGAUAAUCAGUUGCGAACUGCUGCUUAUGAAGUCCUCAACACCUUUGUCCAAAACGCUGCCAAUGAUAGUUUAUCUGCUGUCGGAUCGCUCUCGAAUGUUAUCAUCAAGCGUCUCGAGGAUACUAUCCCACUUCAGACUCAGGUUGUCAGUGUCGAAGACAAGCUCACUUUAGAGGAGAUGCAAACUAGUUUGUGCACUGUUCUUCUUGCUAUUAUCCAACGUCUCGAGAAGGAGAUUACGCCACAGGCAGAUCACAUUAUGACAGUCUUACUCCAGCUCCUUACUACUGCUGGCCCGAAAUCGAGUGUCCCGGACGCGGUAUUCGCUACUGUCAGCAGUUUGGCCAACGCACUCGAGGAAGGAUUUACACAAUAUAUGGAAGCCUUCUCGCCAUUCCUCUAUAAUGCCCUUGGAAACCAGGAAGAACCAGCGUUGUGCUCCAUGGCGAUCGGCCUUGUCAGCGACAUCACUCGUUCCCUAGGCCCACUUUGCCAGCCGUACUGCGACGCUUUCAUGAAUUAUCUCCUAAAUAAUUUGAGGAGCACCGCCCUUGCCAAUCAAUUCAAACCUGCAAUUCUGCAAUGUUUUGGGGACAUUGCAGGUGCAAUUGGUGGCCAUUUUGAGACCUACCUAUCAGUUGUGGCCCAGGUGCUCCAGCAGGCAGCUGGCGUUCAAGCAAGUCCUGAUGGAUCAUAUGAGAUGUUCGACUACGUCAUUUCGUUGCGCGAAGGUAUCGUCGAUGCUUGGGGCGGCAUUAUUGGCGCUAUGAAGGCUGGCGAGAAAACUGCUCUGCUAUCACCUUACGUAGAGUCUAUCUUUUCUCUUCUCAACAUUGUUUAUCUCGAUCCGAACAGAAGUGACGCACUAAUGCGAUCUUCAAUGGGUGUAAUCGGUGAUCUUGCUGAUUCGUUCCCCAACGGAGAGUUUUCCGCCUUCUAUCGAGCUGAUUGGUUGACUGCCAUGAUCAAAGAGACCAGACAGAAUCGCGAAUUCCAAGCCCGAACAAUCGAUACUGCACGAUGGGCUCGCGAGCAGGUCAAGCGUCAAAUCGGUGGCACCCAAGGCAUCCAACAGACUUGA